AUGAAUUAAAAUUAAGUUCUAAGUCUGCUUUCUAGCAAGGAUAUUAAUAAUUAUAGUUUUAUUAAGAUGCUAGGAACAGAAUCUUAUAGUGAAGUGUUUUAGGGAAAGAACAAAAGAAAUGGAGAAGAAACUGCAAUCAAAGUAAUUGAUAAGGUUUUUUUAGCAAAAGUAAUAAUAAAUGUAAAUCUAUAGUAAAAUAAAAGUCACUUGAUCUAUUUAGAAUCUAAUGCUUUAAUGUCUAUAAAUCACCCUGAGGUUAUAAAAUGUUAUGCUACAUAUGAGUCUAAUACAAAGUUAUAUCUCUCUUUAGAAUUGAUGAAUUGUGGCACAUUCAGAGAUUACAUCAAAGGUAGUAAAUAAGUUAUUCAUAUUAGGGAAGUAUUAUUAACUAGAGAGAUAUAAUUUAUCCUGCCAAAAUGAUUGUCAUUUUAAGUACAUAUAAACUCUGGCUGAAGAUAAUACAGGAAAGUUAAUCUAUACAAUUACCGUUGUUUUAGGCUAAGAAUAAAUAACUAAUUUAAAAGAAGUUAAAAAUCUAAUUUUACAAGAUAUUUUAUUUUAUUCUAACUUAGGUUAAAAAUUACCUUAUCCUUUAAUAUAUGUUGGAGUUGGAUAAGAAUAAUUUAAAGAUAUUAGAUUGA